AUGGAAUGUGAUGAGAAUUCUAGUGAAAGUGAAUCAACUUCUCAAUCAACUGUGCCAGGAAAACGAAAAGCUGCUACGAAUAAAGGUGGAUGUCCUCGUACAAGCAUCUGGGAAGAUUUUAAUAAAUUAUCAUCAGAUGGAGAAGGACAUUAUGGUGCCAAAUGUCGAUAUUGUAAAAAGAGUUGGAAACAAGGAAAACCUACCACAUUUAGCGCCAAGCAAUUAUUCGACACUAGCAAAUCUUUUAGAACGAAAACAGUUGGACCAAGUUUGGAUUUGGAAUCAUUAUUAUCGAUUGGUCAUCUGUAA